AUGUCACUACACCCAGUGCAUUGGGUUAUGUCAACAGUGAAACAAAUCCAUGCGUCGCCCCAUAAUCUUGGAUUACAUGGUUAUCUCAGCGCAGCGGUGGUGGGACAUCAUUCAGGCCUAAAAUUAGCCUUAACGCACAGAACAAAGUGCUUAAAUCGUCUCUUCUUCGUUGUUUGUCGCGUUGAACGGUCUGCAAGCGCUGACUUACCUCAAAGAUACCUCGAUGAUAUCGCGAAAUGUGGGAAGAUUUGGAAGCGACUAGGUGGUUUUAUGGUGGGUCAACCUGAAGAAGACGAGAGCUCGGAACAAGCUGGAAAGUAAGU